AAAUAGCUGGCACCGCACUUGGUAUUGGCAUAGUCAAUGCAAAAUGGGCUCGAACACUGGAGCUUGGAUUCUACUGGGCCUGCUGGCCGGCAUCGCCUCUCUGUCUAGCGCUGCGAAUAUACAGCGAAAUGAGGACCAGACGAUUCUUCAGAACAACGGAAACACCUUCCUAUCAAACGGAGCCGGGCAAAUCAUUCGCGGACCCGAUGGCAAAACAGUUUUGAUAGGAUCCGAUGGGCGCAGGAUCAUCACGGACGCCCACUCCAGCGAAGAUGACAGCUCGCAGGAUUAUGACCACCACGGUGGGAGCUAUAACAAUGUUAUCAUCAACGGUGGCUCGGGAUCCAGCGUAAUUCAGGGCGAUGGACAUAGCUUCAUUGUUGGAGAUGCGAGUCAUGGAAGUUACAUGAACAGCAAUGGACGCAGUAUUCGGAUCAUAAAUGGUGCCAUCGAACUCAACGAUCACGGCCAGGUUUAUACAUUCCAGCCAAAAGCAAAAGGGGUUACCGAAAAGGAAACUGUCACCAUCAACGGACAACCGGCUCAGGUGGAGUACUCCAAUGGAGAUAUUGUCAUCGAACUGGCCGAUCACACGGUGAUUGCCAAGACAGGUGGACGCACCUUUCUGGGCGAUCGCGAAUCCUUCAACAAUCGUGAUAAAUUAGAGGCGGAGGCAAAGAACUAUGCCGAUCGUAUCCAGCAUGAGGUGCACGCCAAUCUCCAGAAAACGAUGGCUGAUAUUCAAAGAGAUCUUCAGGAUUCCCUGGGCAAUAUUUUCUAUUAGAAGCCAAGUGUAAUCGUACACGAGUCGCUCGAAAUAAAGCGCCUUUGCAGCAAU